GGAGAGAAGCGAGCGGAGAAAGAAGAGACAAACGGAGGGAGGAAUCGACCCUGUUUCUGGAUCUAUAUUGGAGCUGUUGCCCUCUAGGAUUUACUGCAACGCCGGAAAAAAAAAUGCUCAUAAAGGAAUUUCGAGUGAUUCUUCCAAUCUCUGUGGAAGAGUACCAGGUGGGCCAGCUGUACUCUGUGGCUGAGGCCAGUAAGAAUGAGACGGGUGGAGGAGAAGGAGUGGAGGUGCUAAAAAAUGAACCCUACGAGAAGGAUGGAGAGAAGGGACAGUACACACACAAAAUUUACCAUUUGCAGAGUAAAGUGCCGUCGUUCGUCAGAAUGUUGGCUCCAGCUUCGGCUCUCAAUAUCCACGAGAAAGCCUGGAACGCAUACCCAUACUGUCGCACAGUUAUCACUAACGAGUAUAUGAAAGAUAACUUCCUGAUCAAGAUUGAGACAUGGCACAAACCUGACUUGGGACACCUUGAAAAUGUACAUGGUUUGGAUGCAGAAACCUGGAAGAAGGUGGAUGUAGUCUAUAUUGAUAUUGCAGACAGAUGCCAAGUGGAGCCAAAGGACUACAAGCCAGAGGAGGAUCCUUGCAAGUUCAAGUCAGUGAAGACAGGACGAGGACCUCUAGGACCCGACUGGAAGAAGGAACUUCCUAAUAAAAAAGACUGCCCACAUAUGUGUGCCUACAAACUGGUCACUGUCAAAUUCAAGUGGUGGGGCCUGCAAAACAAAGUGGAGAACUUCAUUCAAAAGCAAGAGAAGCGUUUGUUCACUAAUUUCCACCGUCAGCUGUUCUGCUGGAUCGACAAGUGGAUUGAAUUGAACAUGGAAGACAUUCGUCGCAUGGAGGAGGAGACACGUAGGGAGCUAGAUGAGAUGAGAGUGAAGGACCCAGUGAAAGGCAUGGUGGCUCUAGAGGACUGAGGUUGUGUCAGACCGUGAAUGCUGCUGCUCAUCAGACCAGAAUACCCAGACACCAGCGGAUUCACAUCCUCCUUUUGUCUCAACUGACACAACAUCUGACCGGCCAGUCCAAAAACCCUCCUCCCGCAGUACAAUCUGGUUUUCAGGGACCUGGACCCAGUAAAACUCCCAGUUUUCAGCUGAUCUCCUUCACCCCCCCAUCUUUCCUUCCUCGAGUCCCAUCUGUCCUUAAUUUAUUUUUCUCCAUCUAGUGAGCCCAUCUUAUUAACUGCUCUGAGGCCUCCAGUAGCAACAUUAUAGAUCUCGUCAGUCAGUCCUCUCUUUCUCUCUCUAAAUCGUUCUAAACUACAGAGAAUAGUGGUAUUUA